GCAGUAUUGGUAAAUAUGAUCACGUGGGCUCCACAACCAAUGGUUGAGGGUUGCAGUCUGCAAAAUACUACGAUUGUUCUCCGGGAGGGUAUCAUAUACAGUUAACAGUGUAACCUUUUAUAUGACUAAGAGGGGAGCCUAAAAUGUCGUCUAGUGGCACCAUAAGUAACUAUUAUGUCGAUUCUCUCAUAGGCCAUGAAAGCGAAGAAGUUUAUGGGAGUAGAUUCGUCCAGGGAGGUCACAGUGCGACCUCCAGGCCAUCAGGUGUUGCAGAGAGUUCAGAUUUUUCCUCUUGUAGCUUUGCACCAAAAUCCACCGUGUUUUCCACCUCCUGGUCCACUGUUCACCAUCAGCCGUCUGCGGCAAUGACCGGGAUCUACCACCCCUACAUGCACCAGCCCCACUUAGGGGCAGCCGACGCCGGCCGCUACGUGCGCUCCUGGAUCGAGCCCUUCCCGGGCUUCCCGGGCGGCGGCGGCGGCGGCGGCGGCGGCAGCAGCGGAGGCAGCAGCAGCGGCGGCUCCGCGUCCAGCUCCGGCUCCUCCAACGGGCGCCACUACGGGAUAAAGCCGGAGACGGGAGCAGCCACCUCCUCGUCUUCCUCCUCCUCUUCCUCCUCCUCCAAAAGGACUGAAUGCUCCUCGUCUCGGGAGUCCCAGGGGAUCGGUGUGCCCGAGUACACGUGCAGCUCCUUCCUCCAGGAGUCCCGGGAGAAAGCGCCUGCCGGCAGCGCCAAGGAGCCCGCAGCCUGCAGCCACAACCCCAGCCCGAGCAGCGAUCUGAAAGAGGAGAAGCAGCAGCAACUUGACCCAAAUAACCCUGCAGCAAACUGGAUCCACGCUCGUUCAACGAGGAAAAAGCGUUGUCCCUACACAAAGUAUCAAACUCUGGAACUGGAAAAGGAAUUUCUGUUUAACAUGUACCUCACCCGAGACCGCCGUUACGAAGUAGCUAGGAUUUUAAACCUCACAGAGAGACAGGUCAAAAUCUGGUUUCAGAACAGAAGAAUGAAAAUGAAAAAGAUGAACAAGGAGAAAGGCAAUAAAGGAGACUAACGCUGGGGUGGAAACAUAGUUGGAGACUAUUGAUUUAGUUUUGAGUUUGGAUUUUCAUCGGGGGAGUGUGGG